GCUAUUGUGCGCCCCCGGACUCAAAGGAGUUAGCGGGGCCUGCAUGGACCUCAAGCCAUGUAAAUGCUCAUGCUCACAGCAAUGGGCCUCUUUCCAACGUCGAUUUAGUGGCGCCCCCUUUAGAAUGCUCCGCCGCAGUACCGCUGCCUUGUGGGAUUGCAAUAACAACACUAAAUAUACCAGGAAACAAAUCGGGACGGAGUAAAGCCGAGGUCGGAUUUUGCGACCUGGUCGGGGACUGCCUUUCCCAAGGAGUGACACGCGGCAAACACCCAGCAAGCCAACUGACAGGCCUUCGUCGAUAUUAGCCUAAAACAACAAAGUUAGCAAGCAUUUAGCAUCGCAGAGAAAGAAGCCCACUAAAGUCUGCGCCACUAAAUGGCUAAAGUCUGCACUGGAAAGAGGCCCAAUGUCACGCAAUCUUGCCGGGGUGCCUCGAUUGAAGCCCCGCGCUUCAGCUGUUGCUUACUUUGCAUUGUUGUUAACCGUCACAUUGUGUCGUGGUAAUUCAGCGUCCACUCUCCAGCACCUGUUACGAAUCCUAUCGGCGCCUACUUUGCGAUUUGGCCCGUGUUCGCAAGGCAUAUCAGUAAAGCCACAUGCAUAGCUGCACCUAGAUCGCACGCUGCUGCGGCGGAGCAGCGAGCAAGAAACCUUACGUUGCUCUUGGACCCGGCGAGCCCACGAGGCGCCGCUGCACGAUGCAGCGAGCGGCGGCGGUGCCUUCUGCGAGGGGCAGCAUGCAUGGCGGAGGCCGAGGCGGUGGCGGCGCAGGUUUUCUUCGUGCAGUCGCGUCCACGGCACUCGGCGCGCAAAAUCUGGCGUCACUCCUUGGACGCCGAGCCUCUGUGGUGGCAGUGCAUGCAGACGGGGCUGGUGGGACCACGGGCCGGGUGCCAUUCAGACGCCGGAAACCGCGGCCGGACCCACUGCAAAGGCUGAUGCUGCGGAAGCUGCGGGACAUCCAGAACGACGUGCGCGGCAUCCAGCAGAAGCAGGAUGGAUUCGCUGAGACACAGAGCAUCAUCGUCGAGUCGCUCGUGGGCAGCGAGCUCAGUGAGCGCGACCCGCCGGACGUGGACAGCAGCAAAGCGCGCAGAGCCGUCAAGCUGCAGUCUGCGGACAGCGUUGUGGCCUGUGUGGUGCCGCAAGAGCUCCCGCCGCGCCUGCUGCACGAGGACGCACCUGCGCAGCUCACGGCGUGGCUCAGGGAGGAUCGGGAGAGCGGCGUGAUGAGUGGGGGCUACCGUUUGUUACCGUUUGUUCCAGCGUCUUGACCUGCCAACGCAUAGGCCAGCUCUGACGUGUCAAAAUGGACCCUGACUUGUCUUCUGCCGCCGCCGCUUGUGUAGGGCCGAGGCAUCCGCGCUAUCCUGCGGUCGUGUCUGCGUGCGGUGCCUUCCCUGCUCGGGGCGGUGGCGGGGAGUGCAGAGGACAAGGCGGCGGCUGCGACUGCAGCUGAGGUGAGAGCUUGCCGCUAUUACGUAUGGCGGCUGGCGGCGUGGCGCUGACAGAGCUCGAGAAGGCUGGGGCUGGCCAAAAGGAGCUGCGAGCCGCCUGUGACGCGCUCAAGUGCUGCGCGGCGCGGCUGCCGGUCUCCUUGAAGCUGCUCGAGGACUGCGUCAAGGACCCGAAGAAAGCCGAGGAGCUGCUGCGCGGUGAGCUGUGCAUCGCGGCGCUGACGUCGCUGCACCCGGUCAGCGGCACGGCCUCAUCGACGGCCAAAGAGCUGGAGAUCGACCGCCUGCUGCCGCUACGGUUGCUUCCGGCGGCUGACGGCGCCAACGGCACCAGCAACAACGGUGGCAUCGCCAUCCUGGAGGUGCAGGAGAUCAAGUCGUCCACCGCUGGUCUACCCACGGGGGGUGACCAGGCGGCCCGCCUGGGCUCCGUUCUGGGGUGCUCCUACGGUGUGCUGCAAGAGCGGCUCCAGCACACGGCGGCAGGCGCUGUGCCGCCGCUGCCGGUGAAGCUGCGCCUGCAGGGGACCAUUGCGCUCGGCAAAGACGGCGACCCCAACGCGGAUGCGGCGCAGCUCCCGCCCCAGCAGACGCUUAAAACCGCUGACGACAAGCGAGCCGAGCUGCUACCGCGGUCUUCGUACCGCUGCAGCUUUGCGCGCGACGGGUAGCUGCUGGGGUGCCUGGGCCGCGAGGCUGCGGUCGAGCGGCGGGGGCGACCUGCUGCAGGCGUCCGCGGUGGCUGCAACGCGUGGACCUGUCUGUUGGGGAAGUGCCGAGGGCAUGAGGCAUGGCGAGCUUGGACAGUGCGGCACCGUGGCAGGUAUUAAGCUGACACCCAUUGUGUCAUCCGGCGCGGUUUUGGAGUGCGGGCAUGCCAUGUGCGUACCAUUUUAGGCACGUCACGCGACGAGGGCGCUUGAAGAGUGGGGUCGGAGAGUGCGUAGAGCUUUUGAGUGGGAAAGAAUGGGAGAUUCGUUCAUGGGAAAAUGUGGGAGAUGCAUUUCAUAAAUGUGGUGAACAGUUGAGCGUUUGGGCCGCAUUUUGACGAGUUGGCCGGUCUCUGACGCGUGGUAGGAUGGUGGGCGUCACCAAAGUGAGAGGCUGGCGGCCUGUGGCGGUCUCACCGCUGAGAGACAUUGACCAUCGGUGUCUCGGGACUUGUCCAUAACGAUAACGUUUGUAUUGCAUGUACCAUUUCGUGGGGUGUAAGGGUUCACCUCUCCGGCUGGCACCUCGCAGCCAUGUACUCUGGCCUUGUCAUUUUGUAUGGAGUGAACCCAGUCACUGUUGCGCUGCGCAUGCGAUACAUUGCAAUCAUGUGAUGCGUCGGCAAGUGGAAAGUUUGGCAGGGGAUGGAGCGCUGUGUGGACGGAGCAUCCAUGGGGAAGUGUUGGUGUACCUAAAUAUGCAAGUAGCGCAAGGCAAUUCUGUAGCGCCGGCCGCAUUGGCAUGCGCAGCUCUCGAGUGUGGCGUGUGGCACAUUUAAUAAGCCCGCAUUUCACCACAUGCGUUGGUGUUCAUAUCUAGGACGUGCAUGUCGCAAUAGGUCGGCAGGGUACCGGCGUGUCUGGGACUUCAGAGCCUCUGCGGCGAUGCAUCAGUGCUUACCUGCUCCGUUUGAGGGGAAGGGCACAAGACUGGGGGAGGGAGGAGCCCGGAGGAGCACAGGGUCGCGAAGGCGCAGGCUCCCAUGUAUGUAUACGCUGGUCACUCUGUUGUCGAGGGCGCUGUAAGUGUGGGAUGCUACGAUACGAUUUGGC